UUCGAUAACGUGUUUGUGCUCGCUGUAGUGUUUGCGCCGUUAUCGUUCAUCGGCGUGUUACAUCGUUCAUCGUACGGGUACCUUUACAAUGGUGUAGCCUACGCCUACAAACUGCGCGUAUCGCUCGAGUCUUGUACCUGCGGCGCGGGCAUCUGUGCGCAACGCAAUAUGACAUCUCGUGCCGCGUUCACAUCGUCGACGGUGACGGUGCUUUUGUCUGUGCUAGGCAGUGUAUUGGGAACCGCCGUAAUGCUGGAGGAACGCGGCGUCUACUCAUCGCCACAGAAGUACGACGGCGGCAUCGACGUCUACUGCUGGGAGCCGCCGGUACACGACGCCGUCCCCACCUACGUCGACCUCUUCAGAACAGCUUCGCUCGAAUUUACCGUCGCUCCCGACGACCUGCGACUGUUCACUGGUGAAGAUGAGCAGACCGUGCAGCACAAGUAUCUCCAGAGCGGCAUCGAUUUCGCCGUCGCGAUGUCGAAAUUUGGGCGCAAACUCAGCUUGACCGGUCGGCACCGCCGUUGCGUUGGCGUGUAUUCGACAGGACCGUACGAGUUCGCGUUCGUGCGCGAAGUCGACCGUCGGGGACUCCUCCAGUUCUGCGUCGGCGUCGUCGCCUUCUUCGCGGCACCCGUCGUUUCCCGUAGCGCCGCGGUAUUCUACACGUGCGGUACGUGCGUCGGCAUUCUAGCCUUCCUUCUGAUAGCCGUGUUCCUCGCGAGUCGCUUGCUCCCGCGCAGGGCUGCGGGCUACGCCUUGUUGCUCUUCGGCUGGACUGUGGUCGUGUCGUGGCUAGACGUCCUCUGGACCAAUUUGCAGGACGUCUGGGACAACUACCGGCACCUCGCCGCCUGCUACGUCGUCGGUUCGGCCGCCCUGAGCUUCGCGGUCUGCUACAGGUUCGGUCCGCCAAGCAACCCUCGAACUCUCGACUUGAUCCAGUGGUCGCUUCAGCUGGCGGGGCUGGCAUGCGUCUACUUUUCGUCCGACAGGAGCGACGUGAUGGCGGCCGUGGUCGUACUUUUGCUGUCCACCUACGCGCUGCUUUCGUUGCGGUCGCGAGGGCCUCCCGCCGCCUGCCUAGACGGCUCGACACCCGCGAUAGUUGAACCGUGUGCGACGCCUCCCGAUUCGCCGCGAGCUUCGACUCGCGCCCACUUCGGCGAUGACGGCAUGUGGACGAUAGUGACGAAGAUACAGGCUCCUCGGGCCAAGCAGAUCGCCAUGUGUAUCCGUGCCGACGACGGCGUACGGUCGCCGCGACAGUGGGUCACGGUAUCGGAACGUCCAGACAUAGAAAUUAGCGAGGAGCACGCGAUGGAUUGUUUCCGCGAGUAGUCAGACGACACGGAUUGAAUGCUGUUGUAGGCGCGGCAGUUUUUGCUCACCGAGGCGGUGGAUAUUUGCCGAGCGUGCUCAAUGAUUUGUUUACGUCAAUGCUCUUUCUUUUUCGCAGGCCCUAUAAUCGAGACUGAUAUCGCAUGUGUGCGGUCGAACGUGCGAGGCCCUUGCGGAAGAAAUGUCCUGUCACAUUUCGUCACUGAUCUGCUUUGUUUAAGCUGCACUGCGAGGAAGCAGUCAGGAAUUGGCUUUUAUACGUAUUUAUUUAAUAUAUGAGAAAAGCAACUUCAAAUAAGAAUCAGUGCUGUAUUUUCAGGUUUGUGCAAUGCAGUAGCCAAAGAAAAAAUGCCCCAAGUUUUACGGUUGUAACGCUUCUCACUGUUGUCAUCUCUGACGUACCGAGAUACUUAAACACAUAUGGUCUCUACAAAAGGAAGCACAAGGCAGUAUUUUUGUACAUCUCAUUUAUUGACCUUUCACUCUGAAUAUAAUGCAAAUAGUAACGGGCAAAAAAGAGGGGGGUACACUCACUUCACCGUCAACAAGUAGUGAGAACUGAAAGGCUUGCAGAAUAUGACACACGUAGCCUUUCUGCCUUGAUAAUCAGGUGUGCAAAAAAAAAAACAACAAAAAAACAGCCACUUACUUGCCUUAUACAGGAGCUUGCUAAUCCCAAAGUAGAGACUGUCUCAGCCAAUGCAUGCAAGACUAGCUGCAUGAUUGUUUAUUCCUACAUACAGUAAUUCACAACUUUUAAGAAAAAGAUACUUUAGUGCUGUUUCAUCCUCUCUUCAGUUUUGCAAAGAAAUGUCAUUUCUUGUCCUGUGUUGUUCUGCAAGACACUCGGCCACCUUGCCUUCUUUGCUCAGCCAGAAGACAAAAAAAAAUUCUGUAGUGUGUUUGACUUGCUAUUGGAAAAGCAAGCUAAUGCAGACACGUGGACCCCUUUUCACCACUAAGGUACCAGUCUGGGCUUGUUGCGAGUCGAGCCUCUUCCCUGUGCAUUUACCCUGUGUCAUGUCUUUUCGCCACCUUUCGGCAAUUAAUAUUUAAAGACAAAACAAGGAAAAACAAUGUGCAGUGUGAUCUACCGAACAACACAGACCGAGAAACAACUCUUCUGCAAAAUAAGAGCAAGAACAAUGCAGGCGUAGCAAUAAAU